AGCUAGGAAGGCGAAGGGUAGAGUUGUUGUAGCGCGUAUCAAUGAAGAUAAUCGUAAAGUACUAUCGCUAAGCGUGGCAGAUGGCGCAGGUAGCGUCCGUUUCAAAAGUACUAUGUGAUUUAUACUACUAAGCCUUCAAUAAAGUAAUCACGGGCGUACUUGGCAUCCUUAUUUUCUAUUCGUAUACGUAUUCUAUCUGUUGACUGUUCGCUUUCAGUUUGACUUUGGCAUUGGCUUCAUAAGAUCAGAGUCGCUUUGUUACUCUUUGCUGAGCUUCAUUAAUUUCGUUGGGAACCACGUCGUCCCGUUCACGAACAACACAAGAUUUGUCAUCGUAUUUCGUCAAGGACUCUGCGUUUAUUUUCGACAAGUGAAGUUGAAGUUCCGGAUCCGGACAUCAUCAAGAUCGACUCUACCAGGCGCUGGUCUUUGGCCGUAAAGUCUCGGAGGAGACAGGUAUCCUCGGGCCCUUGCAGAGCUCUCGGAGAUCAUUUUUUUGGGCACAACUCGUCUGCAAUAUCUUGAACCUGCUCACUGUCGUAGACUACGUACCGUGGCGACGAGGACCAAGCUUCUAGCUUCCUGCAGUGAGAGCUAUCGCUCUCGCGGGACGCUUGCACGCUUUUCUAAGUAAUUCAAGGCUGCUCUGCUGCUGCGCACGGCUCGCACUGUGAUGCAGUCGUAGAAAACCGCUAGAGAAUUAUAUUGUGCAAGGAGUGACAGACUCCGUAAAAAAGACGCCGAGGACCACCAGCAGGAGGCCGAGCCGGAGCCGGAGAGGAGCGAAGGACGGAUCUCCAGGUGGAAAGAGACAGAAGGACACAGCACGAACGCGGCAAGCUCGUGUACAAAAGUUGAAUUCGUGUGGCGUUGACGAACAUGGUUUUGCGUCGGGAUCAUCCUGCACAGCAUCUGCUUGUCGUGGACGACCACCACCAGGACGAUCACGAUGAGGAUCUUUUGCAGCAUGUUUCGAGCUUCCAUCUGGAGGAGGAGCUGGCGCUGGCAGUCACGGAUCUGGAAGACUACUUUGAAGCUACUUUGCUCCAACAAGAAAAUAACAACAGAAGCCACAACUUGAUAAACAUUCCCGAAAAUGAUGAUCAACUUGUUCCGGACCACUUGCCUCCGGACCACUUGCUCCUCGAAGCGGCAGACGAGGGCAAGAACGCUGGCGGAGCUGAACAUGUACAUGAUGCUGGCACUUUGGAAUUGGACGGCAAACACGAGCCCGGCGUGAUCAGUACAUCUGGUUUCGCUGGGAGAACAAGAACUGCCGACGAGCGAAAAAAUAAGAAGAAUGCGCAUCUUCAAGAGGCGAAAAGGAGAAAGCCGAGUGCUGGCGCAGCUCCAUCCAGAGGCGUGCCCCCUUCCAGUUCCAUUCCGCUGUGUCAAGUGCAAAUCGAGCGCGAGGAACAGAGUCUGUGCGGGCAGGUGAUGGGCAAUCUGUUACAGGACAACUGUGUUCUAGAUGAGAACGUGAAGAUGUACGAUGCCGUUUGCAUAUGCAUUGCAGAAGUUGUAUCGCGCACGUGCAAGAACAAAUUCUUGUACACGCUACCAACGAAAAAUGCGGAAGAUGUCUGAAUGCUUUUGCAUCUUUAUCUUUAAGUUUGUUCUUCGAAUGCUUGCAAGUAUAUUAAGCGAAGAUGCCGCAAGGAACAACGUCUUCACCUACGAGAGUGAAAGGCAAAGCGCAGUGGUGAUUUGCUGCGACGUUGUUGUCAACUAGGAACUUGUGCGUACUGUGCGGUGCUUCUUGUGCACAGGAUACUCCAAGAAGCUUGUGCAGGAGGUGCAACAGCUCCGCCAAGAGUGCGGGUUACUCGAGUCGAAGCUGGAGGCCUUGACCACAUACGUGAGCCGCGUGGAGACCGACGCCAAACUGCAGGAGGAUUACAUCCAGCAUCUGGAGAAGAAUUUGGUGCGCACGCAGCUGCACAAUCAAGAGAUGCUAACCGUGAUCAGGCACGCCGCCUUCCUUCACGAGGACGACGCGAAGGCUGCUGCAGGAACAAGAUCCCUCUCGGUUGACAGAGCUGAUGAAGACGGCAAGACUCAGGCACGAGAACGAAAUUCCGAUCGUUCCUCCAGUAGUUCGUCGUCUGACCCUACUGCAUCUGGGACCAUGUUGACCAAGCGCCCAGCUGCAGGUAGUAUGCUUCGAGAGGACGGUACAUCCCCUCGCGCGUCAAAAAGAAGUAAAAGCGCAGUGACGAGUUCGGGAGCAGGUGGAGGUAGCAGCUCGUCGUCCGCAAAUAAGAUGCAAGUAGAUGUUCUACUGAAAAAUCCUGCAAGAAGGACGAGAGGAAAAAUGCGUUCAACAACGAGAGAAGAUGACCGCGGUGCAGCACGGACGGAGUUGUGCGGGUCUAUUGAGGAAGAAACGGCGGCCUCCGACACUGAAGAAAGCGAGGUGGACCUGCUGUUUGAUAAGGACUUCAUUGUGGAAGAAAACAGGGUCCUGCGCGACUACUUCUUCGACGACCUCGAAGAGGAAGAAGAGCGUGCCUUGCAUGGUACUGAAUUAAACAUCUGCGAUCUAAAUCCAGCGUUUUCAUCUAUAAAAUACCUUCCCGAAAGGCGAGAAUAAGAAUUCAACAUAGAUCCAGACACGUGCAAUCAAAACUGCAAGAAGUUCAAUCGUGAUGGACAUGAUAGCAAGUCAAAUGUGAUUAGCGCUGCAGAAGUUCUUUGGCAUUAUUUAUGAUUAGGACAGUUAAGUUAUAAAUAUAAAUUUUGACAUUCCACCAGGAGCAGGUGAUCACGACGAUCACCUUUUGACCUCCACCGCAACGACCACCACGAGCCAUCUGGUGACACCCAGCUGCCGACGGAUCAGCCAGACAAGCAAGGCCGGGUCAUCCAUCUCGGACUCUCGUCGCUCCUCGCCGGCAGGGAGCUUUCGAACUUCGCCCAAUGGCGCCAACAAGACGACGACUGGCGCUUCGGGCGGAGCGAGCGAAAGUACCUACCACGGCACGAACAAGACGCGCACACCGAAGAACAUGCACGAAUUUCUCGAAGGACAAGAUGAUGAAGCCAUAUUAAGCUGCUCGUCCGAGGGAAUUUCUUCGGGGCGAAUUAUUAUUAUUCCAGACAGCAUGCACGGAGCUGCAGCAAGUAGAGGCACGGGCGAGCCGAAUCGGGGACCACAAGGGGCGCAAGGCGACAUGAUGUUGAACAUGAUGAGGUUGAACAAGAUACCAUCCCCAACAUCGGCCGGAGUGGAGGUGGAUGAGGUCAGUGGUGGGUUGCUGAGCUGUCUGACAGAAGAAGAAGAGAUCUGUAUCAAAAGGAAAAGUGCCCCCUUCCCAUAUCGAAACGGAGUCGCUGACGCUCAGUAUAUUUGCGUACACAAAUCAAAAUCAUGCGCUCCGUCUUGCAGUAAGGCAUUGAGCAGGCCAGAUACCCAGCCUAGGUAGGGGCGUCUGGGUCCAGUUGUUUAGCAUUGCAAAUGGCUGCCCUCUAGGCCCUACAGGUACAGCAUGUUGCCACAUAUUCGCUUCCAUAAUCGGAGGGAAGCCGUUGCGCUUGUCUUCUUGCAAGACAAAUCUGAUUUGUGGCCGCAAAUCAGCAACCCAAGAACGUAAAUUCUUGAAAGCGUAACUUUUCAAUAUGGGGAGGGGGGAUUUAACCUCUCGAUAAUCUGCGACAUUGGCGCGGUUGCGACCUCUGUGUCCCCGUCCCCGAAAAGUGUGUCGCGACUGAAAAAAAGCACAGGCGGGUACAACAGAAUAAAUACUUCCGUGAACCACGUGAUAUCUUCUUCUAGGAUUUCCUGUUGAUUUGUGUCAGUCCCGACGAGGCGGGUGGCUACUGAGUGACGACUUCCAAAAAUGCACUAAUUUGCUGGUGGACCAUCACGUCAGAACAAAUCAAUUCAUCGGAAUGGAAGUCGCCUACCGGCUGCGGCAUUGAUUAUGCUCGAAAACAUCCAAAUGUGCAUAUAAUGGAUAUACGAACGACCUAGAAAUAUGGACACCACGACCGCCAGCACGUAGGAUCGUCGUCGGCAGAUUUUUCUCACUUCAGGUAUUCCUCUCCUACGUCGCCAAAUAGCGUCGACGGCACGCAGGACAGCACGCUCGUCGGGCAAAGACUCUUCCUGGCGUCUUACAGCGAAGCCGGCGCCGCGUCCUCUUCGGCCAGCAUUUCCGAAGGACGACUGCUGGAUCAUGAUCCUAGCAAAGGUGUAGAACUAGAUGAAGCUCUAAUUUCUUCCGCGGGUAGAAAUACACGGUCAUCAACAUCUUCAUCAUCUCCGCCAUCAACGGCGACCCUGUCUGUCGCAAUAAGCGCAACCAAAUCGACGAGCUCUACUUCCUGUUCUUCCGCCGCAAGCGCCUUCCCUGCAGCAGGAAAGACCACGAAGGCUGUGGAGGAAACUGAUGUCGAAGAUGGAGUUGAUGUCGUGACCGAAACCGAAACCUGCCAUCGGAAUCCUCGGCGAAGCGAGCGACUUUCGCAGCUACUGGAAGGCAGUCCUUCGUUGUUAAAAAUGUCAUCAUCCUUCAGGGACGAGGAGGUCGCUAACCUCGAUGGAGAAGAAGUAGAGCAAGCGGAUGCAGGCCUCUAGUACGCGAUCGCCGUGCUUUGUUCCCAAUCUGACAGGUAGAGGUGGACGACCAGAGA